CAUACCCUAAACCCACUAACUCUCAAUCUGCAUCGUAAAUGUGUGACCAGAAUAGACUCAUUUAUAUUUUGACACCCACAGUCCACGUUCGGUCCACCCAUUUUAACAGCCUUACAUAUGAGAUAAUGAGGUUUGAAAUAUAAUGAGGUUUGAAAUAUUUAUUAAUAAAAUCAAUUAGCAUAUCUGUACACUAGAGAUGAAGGCUAUGUUAGAAGCAAACUCUAGUUCAUGUUCUUGUGUUGAAUAACGUAAACAGUGGUACAUUUAAUAUAUGUUUGGAAGCCAUGAAAUAGUGAAGUUAUGAAUUCAAAAACAAUAAUCUGAAUUUCUUUCACUACUCCCCACCAGUGUUUCCCUGCUUGAGGACCAACCACAUUCUCAUCCUCCAUUAAUUAACUCUUCUCACGUCAGAAUUCUUCGAAAGAUUUCUAUGAAAAAACAAAAUUCUUCAAGAUUUGGUUCAAUUGCAAAUUAACCUGAUUAUCAGAGUAGUUUUGUGAAAACUUGAAAAAGUCAAAUACAAAAAUAAUCCACUAACUUAAAAAAAUUAAAAUUUAUUGAAAAUUGUAGAAUAGUUCUGUUUCUCUAGAAGCGGAAAAGAAGAAUAUUUGCGGAUAUUUUUACCUUUUAUAUCUAGGUUUAUCCUUGCAGAUCAAAAAUUUCAUUAGAUACAAAUAAACAUCUCACCUCUUCAAACCUAUGCUUAUCUCAAUUUCUCAGACAGAAACUUGCAGCAAAAUAUCUACUUCUUCUACUUUUAAAGUACGUGUCCGGUGUCUGACUAGUAUACAUUACUGAAGAAAAAAAUAUCAAAUCUCAACUCCCUUCUCCCUCUGUUUAAAAUUGCAUGUUUUCAAGAUUUGUUUUAAUACGCUAUCCUAUAUUUUAAUUGUUUAUAUCAUUGAUUUUGUUUCGUAAUUUUGAAUCAAGAUUCUGAAGAUGAUGAAGACUCGUAGGCGAACAUACACGGCCGAAACUCCAGCAUUGUUGUUCUCCGAAGCCCUCACAGUGAAACCCAAUGUUCAACCGCUUCCAGUACCGUGAUGUAUUAAAGGAUUGUGGAAUAUAAAUAUUCCCUCAGAGCUUCUGCAAGAGAUACUAUCCCGCCUCAGUUUAAGAUCCAACAUACAAGCUUCUGCUGUCUGCAAGACAUGGUGUGAAGCAGCUGUUUCUGUCAGAAAGUUACAGCCUCGCCCUUGGCUUUUUUAUCAACUAAGAGGACUAGAAAACGGAAACUACAUCCUUUUAGACCCAUCACGGUCUCAAGCAUAUGAGUUUAGUUUCCCAGCGUUAAAGGGAUCUGUAUUAUCUUAUUCUAGGGAUGGUUGGUUGCUUGUGAAAAAAACACGCGCCCUCUCGUAUUUGGUAUUCUUAUUUAACCCAUUUACCGGGAAACACAUCUUCUUACCCAAGGUGUCGCUUACAUCAGGCUAUUGCUUAGCUUUCUCAGCCGCUCCUACAUCAAGUAGUUGUUUAGUGAUCUCUUGCAACUAUACUAGUAUCCCCUCAUAUAUAAUGAUCAAUACUUGGCGGCCUGGUGAAACUGCAUGGACCACCCAUCGAUUUAAAAACCAGUUACCUGGUGGCGGAUUGAACGAUUGUGUCGUCUCGAAUGGUAUGUUCUAUUGUCUGAGUACCUGCGGCUACCUCGGGGUUUUCGAUCCGCCUAGAGCAACCUGGAAUAUACUUCCAGUGAGACCAUGUCUCACCUUUCCUCAUGUAGAUAUCACUAGGAGAAUGCUGAUGACGGAGCAUGAAGGGGACAUCUUUGUUAUGUUUACAAGUCGCGAUAAGAACCCAUCGGUGUUUAAGCUAAACCUUAAACGCAUGUCGUGGGAAAAGAAGAGAGAGCUUGGUGGCUUAACAGUAUUUGCAAGUCAGCCUUCGUCUCUUACAAGAGCUAGUUUCUCGGUGAAGGAGAGGAACAGAUUGUACCCAUCACGUAAUGGGCACCUUGGCGUAUACUUGUCCCUUGGUGGUGAUGAGAACAUUAGCUCUUGUCCCCCUUCAAGUAACUAUUUUUCCAACCGCAUUGCUUGGGUCUUUCCUCCUCACGACAACGUUAGUCUCUGACUUCAUCCUCUAUGUUUUGUCUUAUAAAGGAGUUUAUUUAGGCUUUUUAAACGUUCUAUCAAAUAGAAAAUAGGUGGUUUAUAAGAUUAACUUAGUUGCAACUUGCAAGUAAUAUUUAUAUUGUAGCUCGGACACUCACUGGAAACAUGAACUGGAUCAAGUUUCUAUAAAUCCAGUGAUAGUAUUUCUAGAUAAAAUCACCAUUAAACAAAUGCUUCACUACCAAUCUACAAGAGUAGAGUGAAGCUACAAAUAAAUGUUAUUUUGUGGUUUUCAGUUUACCUAGAAAGUAAAUCACUUCUCAAAUAGUGCAAAUAUAUUUUGGUAUUAAAUUUGAAGUAACAGUAAAAAUUAGAAUUUAUUAAAAUUUUAGAUUGAAGAAAAUUUUAAAUUAUAAAUAAACAUAUUAUUUAGGUCAUCAGCAGCGGCCAAAAACUACUCGAGUCUCUCUAACAAGAAAAAAUUAUAUAUUUUAUUGCUUAACUAUGUUUUAGUUUUGCAAAAUUAAUUUUAGCUAGUAGAAAGGACACACAUGUAGAUUUAAUGUCAAC